CCUCACUGCAAGUCAGGUCUGAUUCAAUUAAUGAGAUCCACCACAGGCCCCAUAGGAUCACCCAGUGACUAAAUCAUGAUGAGGUUUGGUUGGCCAUCCAUUGCGCCAAAGGCUUGUGGUGGCCUGUCAUGGUGGCAGGGCGCUAGCAUAAUUUUAGAGACCGUCCCUCAACCAUGCAGCGCAUAUUAGACGCGGACAGCUGUUCUUAAACCUGCUCGUUCUUGCUGACCCUUCUGUUCAGCUCAACACAGACCUCCGUUCACUCAUUACUAUUACUAUGGGUUGCUGCGCGUCAUUUUUUCGAAAGUCCCAGCGACAGACCCAAACUGUUGAAAAUCAUCGCAAUGGCAGUUCUGUAGACAAUGCUGCCGCCUUCGCAGACCCCGCAACCCGCCCAUUGACGAUACCAGUCGUACCAGUACCAGUAUCAGAUAUUACCACUCUGCAGCCAAAUGGACCAAUUCAACUAUCUGCACCGCAAGGUCAAGUGCAGCUCAACCUUUCCAUACCAUCCAACAUAGUGAAUGGUAAUCUUGCAUCCGGCGCCGUGAUUAUGCUACAGCCGAUUACCUCUGGUGCACAUGAAGCGCGGCAAGUGGCCUUCGAUACGGACCCAUCUGCCAUUCCGCCUACAUCUAUCAGGAAGCAAUCAGAAUAUCCCACGUCAUCUGGCGGCUUGGGCGAUAUCUGGAGGUGUUCAAGGAUUAUCAAUUCAGCAACUACUGAGGUACAUAUGAUGUUACCCUCAGGCUGCGAGUCUCAUCGACCAAUAUCUGUUGGACAGGUUGCUGUCAAAACUAUCAGGAUUACGGACAUACGUAAUAAAGAAGCCGUUCAAAAAGCGAAGAAGAGACUUCGCCGCGAAGUAGCCGUGUGGGUCAGACUGAGGCAUGCGCAUGUUCUCACUCUUCACGGCACGGUCUCCGGUUUUGGACAAUUGCCUGCUCUUGUUUCCGAAUGGAUGCAUAACGGGGCACUUGAUAGCUACCUGGUGCGCACGAGCCUCACUAUGGGACAGAAACUAAAACUGCUGAAACAGGUGGUGGAUGGCUUGAGAUAUCUUCACGAACAGAAAGUAAUUCACGGGGACCUGACCAGUACAAAUGUUGUGAUCGACCGAGAAGGCAAUGCAUUUUUGGCAGAUUUCGGUCUCUCAGUGGCUCUCGCAGAGGCUGACAGAUCGUACUACAACUCUCAUUCGAGUGGCGCUGUCCGGUGGAUAGCGCCCGAAUUGCUCGGUUCACCGGAACCACAAAACACUUCAGAUGGCAGUGACAGCGAUGCCGAUCUCCCAAAACCGAACAGUCAGAGCGAUGUAUUUUCGCUCGGUUGUAUCAUGCUCCAUGUCUUCUCGGGUAGACUGCCCUUCUGGUGGCUUAAAAAAGUUCAACAUAUAUUCAGUGCUCAGCUCAAUCGUAUAGAGCCAUAUCGGCCCGAAUCUGGUGUGGCCGUUAGCCAGCAGCAUUUGGAUUUCAUGCGCAGAUGUUGGUCAGCCGAGCCUCAAGUUCGUCCUUCCACUGGGGAUGCUGCUUCCUUUGUAGAAGAAGAGCUAGCCAGUGUUCCUUCUCACUAGUUCAGCGCUCGAUUAUCUCGAUGAUCGACCUGCUUGAUUAAUAUACUACUUAUCUCGA